AUGGGAAAAGGCUUUUACAUCAGCAAGAGGUUAGGGCGGAUGGCUCUCCUACUCGGUCUGGCUGCCGCGCUGACCAUCAUCGCUUUGUCGAUCGUCUACCACAAAGAGAAAGCUAAAAACGAGGCCAAACCCACAGACGGCGAGCCAGCGACCACCUUCCCCGCCCCAACCCCGUCUCCGACACCCUCCAACGAACCGUGGGACAAGUACAGGCUCCCGGACACCCUAAAGCCCCAGCGCUACAAUCUGACCCUGUGGCCGAGGCUUCAGGUGAACGAACACGGCAUGUACAUCUUCACUGGAAGCUCCAGCGUGGUCUUCACCUGUGUGAAGGACACGGACCUGAUCCUCAUUCAUUCCAACAAGCUGAACCUGACCGCCAUCGACGGCCACCACGCCAGACUGACCGGGCUCUCCGGAGCGACCGCGCCGACCAUAACGACCACCUGGCUACAGGUGGACACGCAGUUCCUUGUGGUUCAGCUUAACGGCAGACUGGCUGCUGGACGAUCCUACCAGUUGGAUACAGAGUUUCAAGGGGAGCUGGCUGAUGACCUCGGAGGCUUCUACAGGAGCGAAUAUGAGGAGGAUGGGGUUAAGAAAGUGAUUGCCACGACGCAGAUGCAGGCAACCGACGCCAGGAAAGCUUUCCCUUGCUUCGAUGAGCCGGCGAUGAAGGCCGUCUUCCACAUCACGCUGAUCCAUGAGCGUGGCACCAUGGCCCUGUCUAACGGCAUGGACAAGGGUAUGAACACAGAGCACCCCCCGGCCCCCACCUUCACCAGGACCACAUUCGAGCCAACUAAGAGAAUGUCGACCUACCUAUUGGCUUUUAUUGUUUGUGAUUUCGCCUAUAUCUCUGCUCCUAAAGGCAACGACGAUGUUUUGAUUCGAAUCUGGGCUCGUAGAAAAGCCAUUGAGCAAGGACAGGGAGGGUAUGCCCACAAUGUGACAGGACCAAUCCUGAAGUUUUACGAAAGCUACUACAAUGCCACCUACCCUCUGUCUAAAUCAGAUCAGAUUGCGCUGCCUGACUUCAACGCUGGAGCGAUGGAGAACUGGGGGCUUAUCACAUACAGAGAGACGGCCCUGCUCUACGACCCCAUCGUGGGCUCGAACGGAAACAAGGAGAGAGUCCUGACUGUCAUUUCUCACGAACUGGCCCACAUGUGGUUUGGGAACCUUGUGACACUGAGAUGGUGGAAUGACCUGUGGCUGAAUGAGGGCUUUGCCUCUUAUGUGGAGUACCUGGGCGCUGACUAUGCCGAACCAACAUGGAACUUUAAAGACAUGAUCAUCCUGAGUGAUGUUCACACGGUGUUUGGGGUCGACGCCCUGGCCUCAUCCCACCCCCUGUCCUCGAAAGAGGAGGACAUUAACAGGCCUGAGGAAAUCAGCCAGCUGUUUGACUCCAUCUCCUACAGCAAGGGGGCAGCGGUCCUGAGGAUGCUUUCCCAGUUCCUGUCAGAGCCAGUCUUCGUAAAAGGACUCAGUACGUAUCUGAAUGAAUUUGCUUACAACAACACAGUGUACACGGACCUUUGGGAUCACCUUCAGAAUGCAGUAGACAGCACCCCUGGAGUGAGUCUCCCACACAGCGUGAACGACAUCAUGAAUCGCUGGAUCCUGCAGAUGGGAUUCCCCGUGGUCACCAUCGACACUCGCACGGGACAGCUCUCCCAGCAGCACUUCCUCCUGGACCCGGACUCUGUCGUCGACAGGCCGUCCGAAUUCAAUUACGAGUGGUAUGUUCCUAUUACAUGGAUGAACUCAGCCAUGGAACAGCAACAGUAUUGGCUGCUGCAGAAAACAGAUAGCCACGAGCCAAUGCGAACGACCGGGGCUGACUGGGUUCUGGCCAACCUCAAUGUCUCUGGGUACUACAGAGUCAACUAUGACACUGACAACUGGGAACGCCUCCUCUACCAGCUGAGUGUUGACCACAAGGUCAUCCCAGUCAUCAACAGGGCCCAGCUUGUGGACGACGCUUUCAAUCUUGCAAGGGCAAAAAUUCUAAACAUAACACUAGCUCUGACAACGACCAAGUACCUCUCCCGGGAAAGGGAGUACAUGCCAUGGGAGUCAGCCAUCAACAACUUGGAUGAUUUCUUCCUGCUGUUCGAUCGCACUGAGGUCUACGGUCCAAUGCAGGUUUACCUCAAAAAACAAGUCACGCCUCUUUUGGCAUACUUCAAGGAGAUCACUUCCAACUGGACUAAAGUUCCCUCUGGACACAGCGACCAGUACAAUCAGAUCAAUGCUAUUUGGUUAGCCUGCAAAACUGGCGUGGACAGCUGCCAGACAUUGACAGCCAACUGGUUCAGGCAGUGGAUGCAGGACCCAGAUAACAAUCCGAUUCACCCCAAUUUGAAGACAACGGUGUACUGCAGCGCCAUCUCAGCUGGAGGCGCUGAAGAGUGGGACUUUGGCUGGGAAAUGUUCAAGAACGCCUCCAUUGCCUCAGAGGCAGACAAGCUGAGAUAUGCCCUGGCAUGCACCAAGCAGCCCUGGCUGUUGAACAGGUACCUGGAAUACACCUUGGAUGCAAAUAAAAUUCGAAAACAGGACGCCACCUCCACCAUUGUGUACAUCGCCAGAAAUGUGGUGGGGCAGUCUCUGGCCUGGGAUUUUGUCAGAGGAAAAUGGGAGUACUUAUUUAAACAAUAUGGAAGGGGGUCUUUCUCAUUCUCAAACCUCAUCAGUGGAGUGACCAAGAGGUUCUCAACAGAGUUUGAACUCAAACAGCUCCAGCAGUUUAAGAAGGACAAUGAGGAUAUUGGGUUUGGCUCAGGAACCCUUGCAGUGGAGCAGGCCAUCGAGAGGACAACAGCCAACAUCAAAUGGGUGUCAGAGAACAAGGAGCAAGUGCUGAACUGGUUCAUCAGCGAAUCACAAUGAAGAGCCUUCAAGACCUCAGGAAAUCACAAUGUAUGCUGGAGCAGACAUCCGCAGCAAAAAUAUACCUUGAAUUAUUUCAAUAUUAGUGGACCGA